GUUAUAUUCUUAUGAAAUUUUGUACCUAUUAUCACUUUAUUUUUGAAAAUUAACAUAUACCAAAUUACUAAGUUCUAUAAAAUUAACAUAGUCAUGUGGCUAUUUACAACUAGCCAAUUCAUAAAUAUAUAUACACAUCUAAGAUGAAAACCAAACUAAUGCAAUGAAUACAAUAACUAUGAUUUGGUUGAAUUGUAUUAGAAAUAGUUAUACUUAAAUUUGAUGGAAUAUCUAUAUAUAUAUAUAUAUAUAUAUAUAAAUAUGUUUGACUCCCUCCUGUGAUGCCACGUCAUCAAGUCGUGCGUUAUGGGAGUGACACGUGUUCCAUUUUAUAUUUGGAACCAAAAUAAAAUAAAAAUCUGCCGGGGGUAAUUGAACCCAACACCUCCAGCUCUGGUAAUUUCUCUUAGAACCACUAGGCUAAAGUCACUUUUUAUAAAUAUGUGGUCGCGAAAAUACUUAUUAUCGUGUUGGCUGGAAGUCCAUGCUUCUUCUGCUUGUGGCCAGGGCCGGCAUUGAACUGGCGUCAAGAUGAAGAUCGUGAAGUUAAAAACUUUGCUCCAAACAGUUUUGCAAUGUUUCCAACCUUUAUAACUUGAUGCAUAUAAUAUAUAUCAAAAUACAUUUGUUGUACACGUUUAUAUUUGUUUUGCUUUUAAAAGAAGGUAUUGUAGUUAUAAAUAUUUUGUGCCAGUGAAAUAAUGGUUCAAAAACCUCUAUACAUAUGUCAUUUUAAAAUAACACCCAACUUCUAUAUAUAGAUACAUAUGUCCAUGUUAUAUUCUAGACUAAAUAUUUUCUCUUUUAAAAAUAUAGAAACCAGUUUUUUGUUAGUCUACAAGAAAAUGUUGUAGAGCAAGUAUGCAUUAUACAAAAUAAUAUAUAUUUAAAAUCCAUACGCAAAAACAUAAAAGUUGAUAUAGGCCUCUUUCUGACACAUGCAGACUCCACUAUGAAUAAGAAUUAAAAAAAAACAGUAUUGUCAUCAAACUUUAUCACAAAUCCACAUUUGUACGUCUAUAAUUAUGAGUUGGACAAUUAGUUAAUUUGAUACAAUACCAAAGCAAGAAUAAUCGAAAAAACAACUAUACCACCGCAUACUAAUAAGUAACACAUAACAGAUAACCAAAUUCUUGAAUCUUAAAACAAAUUUCAACUCGAGCAUUUAGUGAAUAUCAAAUUAACUAAUAUCCCGCCCGUAGGGCGGACCGACCCUAGUAUGUAAUACAAUAUACCCACAAAUGAGUAACUAGACAAAUCCAAAUUUUUUUAUACAAAGUCAAGCAAUGUAUAAAAACUUAAAUAUAAAUUUUGAUAAAAACAAUUAAAAAUAAUAUUAAUUCAUUAAGGUUAAUAAUGUAAUAAACCAUCGUCAGAAUUAACAUGAGCGCAAUACAUAGGAAAUUGAUUUCUUAAAUAAUGUUAUAGAGAUUCUAUAAAUUAAUAUUUAAUAAAUUUAUGCACAUUAAAUUAAUAAUUAUUUUUGGCCACGAGUUAGACCGGUUUAAAAUAUGACACAAAUCGAUAAGAUAACAAUACAAUUAACUAUUUUAUAUAAAACAUAUAUGUGGAAAAUAAAAUGUAAAAAAUUAUAAAUUAAAAAAGUACCUUAGUACCAAGAUUCUUAAUUUAUAGAUUUUUACUUUUAUGUUUCUUUUAUUUUACGAUUUUUUUAUUUGUAGAGGAUUUGCAAAUAUGUUAGAUUGUCUUUUUGACUCAAGUUUUGAAAAUAGGAAACUGAUAUAUAAAUGUAAAAUUAGGUCUAUCUCGGUUGUAGCUUGCUUUCGCUCUCCAUCUCUCGUCCUUAUAUUAUCAAGAGACUUUUGACUUGUAGAGUUAAUUAAUCACAGGUAGCUAUGCAGUGGAGUAGCCUUCCAGAGGAUUUGGUAGAGGAUAUACUCUCUAGGGUUUCUGCUACACCUUUGGUACGACUCCGAGAAACAUCGAAACAAUGGAACGCUAUAUUGAAAAGUGGGAGCUUCGCUAUGAUGCACGCUGCUCAUGCACCAAAGGAGGAGUCUCUGAUGAUCACGUUGAUUGAUCAUAGGGUUUGCUUAGUAAAGAUCAACCUCCAUGAUCCAUCUGUUAAGGUUGCACCGCAUGCAUUAUACCUGAAAGAUCCUCUUUCUGAUUCUUCCAAAGAAGUCGACAUACGUAAAGUUUUUCACUGCGAUGGCUUAUUGUUAUGCAGCACAAAGGACAAGAGGCUCGUGGUUUGGAAUCCAUGUUCAGGGGAAACCAAGUGGGUUAAACCUAGAGACACCUACAAGAAAAGCGACUACUAUGCUCUUGGUUACGACAACAAAUCCUCCAGCAAGCAAUACAAAAUUUUGAGAAUGGAUCGCACAGAUCUCCCCCUCAACAACGUGUACGAGGUUUAUGACUUCACCACUAAUUUGUGGCGUGUUCUUGGUGUGGCAACUGAUUGGUUUUUAGCAAAAUAUCGUGGCGGCAUAUCUGUGAAGGGAAAUACUUAUUGGGUUGCUACUCAAGCAGUAGAAAAGCCAAACCAUGAUUUCAUACUUAGCUUUGAUUUUUCAACAGAGAUGUUUCAAAGUCUGUCUCUUCCUUAUCCUUUUCGGUAUGGUAUAUCGGCUUUAUCAGUGGUCAGAGAAGAGCAACUUUGUCUCUUAGGUGCUCACCCUGACAUAUAUUUUUGGAAUGGGGGCAUACCUUUAUCAUGUUUACAAGUAUGGGUGAUAACUAGUACUGGAUCAUGGAACAAGUCCCAAACAGUGUAUAACACAAGGAGAUAUCCGUCUUCUAAGGGGAUGAGUUUUUUGGCAGAUGAGCAGAACAAAGUUGUAGUGUUUUUAAACACCAACAACACGUUACACGUUAUGCGACAAAAUAAACACAUACUAGAGAAACAUCUUGGUGGAAAUUCCUCACUUCUUCUGAAUUAUGUACCAAGUUUGGCACAAAUCCAACAUGCUACACUUCCUGGAGGACGCAAAAGGAAAGCACCAAGUACCUGACUUGUAAUUGUCACACUAAUCUAUCAGUUGUGUCUCUUUUCCUUGUGUAUUUAAAAAAAUGAAUUUAAGGUUUAAGAUAAUAGUGCACCUGACAUAAUGAUUAUUAUGUUGAGAUAUAAACAUCUUUGACUACGAUGACAAGAUGACUCUUUAUACUAAGAUGACACUAAUCUUAUCUAGUUCAGAUGUUUUUUUUCUUUUUGGGUCUUUUCAUGCAUGACAAGAUAACUCUUUAUACUAUUACUAGGUCUUGCUUAUCUAGUUUUUUUUCGAUAUACAAGAACAUGUUUUAAAACGUGAUGUUAUGUAAGCAUAUAUAAUAUUAGUUAGGCAGAAAGAAAAGUAUAAUACGUUUCUUCCAGAAUUGAAUAAAGUUGUCAAUCCUAAGAAACAUAUCUCAAAGAUAUAAGUUCUGAUUCAUCAUGUCCAUUGCCAAAACAUAGCCUUUUUCUUUUUCCCAAACCUCCUGUUUGAUUCAGGGUUUUUAAAACAGAGACUCUGUUUUCUUCUCUGUUUCUCCCCUGUUUAUCUCCUCUGUAUCUUACAAAAACCAACCAUCUAUAAUACUAAAUCACAAACAUAUAUACAAACUCAUUCGGAGAUACAUGGACUGAUGGUUAUAAAUUUUAUUUAAUGUAAAACAUGAUUUUCAAGAUUUUGUUAAAGACCGAUAACUAAGAAACAUAGACAGUCAGCAUAAACCAUAUAACACAAUGCAUUCUUUGUUUUUGUAAUGGUAUCUUUGUCGUCACUAGAAGCAGGAGAAGACCCACAAUAAUGAAAUGGAUAGUGAUUGGACGUGUCUUCGCAUAAACAAAUGUAGUUCAUGGCAAAAUUAUGUCGAAACAAACCUAAACACAUCAUGGGUGCACGUUUAUCUUGUUCACGUCAAGUAUUAGUUUUUUUUUUCCCCCAAAUUGAAAUCAUAUAUAUAUUAACUUGGUUCCAUACAACAAGACAGUCAAGCAACACAGCUUGCUUCACAACCACUACAAAAAAUGGGUUAGAAAGACUAAUCCAACUACACAUCAACGCCUACAAAGGCGGAUACCAAAAAAUCAGCAAACUAAUUAGUUAACACCAGAUGCACUUCUGUCAUUCGCAUAGAGAUGAUCCAACCAUCUUGGAUGACCAGCAGCUACAUAAGACUGAGUGAGACCUAAGUUCCUCACGUCAAGUAUUAGUCUUUGUAGUUUCAUAUUUUAUUUUUGUGGUUUUUUUUCUAAGAAACAUUGCCGGUUUUAUAAGUUGUCAUGGUAUCACCAUUAUGUUAUAUGGUUUAUGUUGACUAUGUUUCUUAGAACGGAGGGUAUAUUUCUCUUUAAAAAUAUAAUUUUUCAAAAUGAAACCCUUCUGAUUCAAGUGAGAGACAGGAAAUUACUAUCAGUUAAAAGUAUCCAUCAAUUUUCUCCUCUAAGAUAAGAUAAGAUACUUGGAUGAACUAUACUUCCAUCUGUGUAUUCAUGAGUCAACUAAUUAAUACUUAAAUUGAUUAUAUGCGUAUAUUUUCAUUUAUAAAUUUGAUUAAGUAUUGUUUGGGAAUUAGAAGAAGAUGCAGAGUCUCUGUUUAUGGAAAGAAAUAGAGGAGACAACUAGAGGAGAAACAGAAAACAAAACAGUUGCAGAGUCUCUGUUUGAAGAUCCUGAGUGAAACAUAAGGUUUAGGGAAAUUCUGUAGAACAAUUUGUCAUGAGUGACUUUUGUAAAGCCAAACUCUUGUGGAAAUAUAAAAUCGGCCAAAAUGUUAAGACU